AUGACUCGGUUAAAAAGAAUGACUCGUUCAUGAGCGACCCAUCACUAGUGUGUCUGUGUGUUGGUAUUUUCUUGUGUCCCAGCCCUUUAAAACACAGCUCCCGAUUAUUCUCCGAUUAUUUCACUUUCUCUGCUCCGCGUUUCUGUCUACCGCAAUCAUGUCUGCUCCCACUGCAGAAGGUCCUGGCACCUCGGGCGUGGCAGGAAGCAACCGGCGGCUGCAGCAGACCCAGGCUCAGGUGGAUGAGGUGGUGGACAUCAUGCGGGUGAACGUGGACAAAGUCCUGGAGCGAGACCAGAAGCUGACCGAGCUGGAUGACCGGGCGGAUGCCCUUCAGGCCGGAGCCUCGCAGUUCGAGACCAACGCCGCCAAACUGAAAAGGAAGUAUUGGUGGAAGAACUGCAAGAUGUGGGCCAUUUUAAUAGCCGUGCUCAUCAUCAUCAUCGUCAUCAUCAUCAUUUGGAGUAAUUCCUAAACCAGCAGAAGGAUCACUGGAUGGCCUGACGGUUAUGACAGGAGAGUGGAUACACAUAUAAAUAUCUAUACAAUGUAUUAUUGGAUACCACAAGAACGGAUGGAGAAAGAGAUCACACUCUUCCUGACGUAAAGCUGUUCUAGCCUGCUGAGUGUCAAAUUUUGUAAAAAGAAACAAAUCCUCAACUCUUUUGUUUGUUUAUUUGUUUUUUUUUUCUUGUUUUAUGUUGUUAGGUUUUUAAUAGAUGUGAUUUUGAAUGUGCAAAGAAGUUUCUUCCACGUACACUCCUUAUUUUCACUAAUUGUGCUCAUCACCAUGGCGUCUGAAGCAAAAAAAGUGUGCCUUAAAGGAGCAGUUUUUCAUUUUUGUGAAGCUUUCAGCUCGUAAAUGUACAGGUGUAUAGGGGCAAUUUAAACAUGACAAACUGCAUCUUGGUCCAUGAGGUCACACAAUCAACACGUCUACGUCUACUUGUUAAAAUGUCCUGACCAAAAAGGUAAAAAAAAAAUUGCUUACCAAUCAACAGAGAGCUUCUUGUCUCUCAAACACCACGUAAAAUAGUCAAUAGAUUUUUUUGUUUUUGUAACUAGUCUGUGCCUUAACAUUUUAGAAGCAUCCUGCGACUCGAAGGCCUUAGAACAAAGCCACCUCAGUGCCAUUACUAAAUACUGCCAGCAUAAUUAAAAUCUUACACUUACUAAUUAUUUAAUAAGCCAUAUAUUUAAAAAGAUGAUUAAUAUUGCAGUUUGUGUGUAUGGUUGUUUUCUUCUUUCAAACUCUUGGUGUAUUCAAAUAAAAUUCUUUCCACAUUUUCUUUUUUUUUUUCUUUUUUUUCUCUAAUGGAGAAAGAGAUCAUGCUCGUUUGAUAGCACAGAAACAAAUUUGUUAAGGUGUGUGUGUGUGUGUGUGUGUGUGUGUGUGUAAUGGAUUUGUACCAUAUGCAGUACUGUGUAAAAGGCUUGGACGAUGCCAUAUCAGCAGAGUUGAACGUUCAGAGUUAAACGUUUUUUUUGCAUUUUCAACAAAGGUCUUGACGUUUAUCACAAAGCAGGAAAAGCGCUGCCUCUGUCAAAGCACCAUGUAGCUGUGUGUGUGUUUUAAUGUAUUAAUAUAUCAAAUUCCCCCAGCCGCACAGCUGAUCCAACUCUGGCAUUGAUCAGGCAAAGCAGGUGUGCUAGCAGGGGCAAUUCAGCAAAUACACCAGGGCUAAUAAUAGAGAUACAAUUUAGGGGCAAUUCAGCAAAUACACCAGGGCUAAUAAUAAUCGGAGAUACUUGCCUAAGUGCAGAUCUUUGGCGGAACGUGUGUGAGAAUACCCGGACCCGGAAAUACACUCUUGACAAUGCCUAUAAAAAGAAAGUAUAACACUACUUCAUGUGUGGGGAAUAAUUCGGGCUAUGUAAAUAGAGUAACUUAAACAUUAAAACACACAAGAAAGCCAGUUUUUAUUAUUAGUUUUUAAUUUGUGAUACAAGAAAUACUUUUGCAUGUUUUGGUCUAAGACUUUUGCACAUUACUGCUUUUUGAAUGUAAAACAUAUUUCAGAUCACUUUAUUAAAACAAGCUUUUGGAUUUGCUAUUGCUAAUAAAUGUGGAUUUAAAAACCUCA